AUGAACUGCGCAUUGCAGGCAGCAACUGCACUAGACGAGCACUCAAUAGCAGCAGCGAUGUUGCCGCUCGCAACAGCUUACUGUCGCAAGCUGUGCACAGGCGUCAUCCAAUAUGCUUACAUGUGUAUACAGGAACAUCCCGUGUGGACGAGUCAACAAUUCUGGGAGGCAGCAUUUUAUCAAGAUGUCCAAAGAGACAUUAAAGCGCUGUACCUACCCAGCCCUACACAUCAGAGAGUACCUAGCCCCAGAGACGACGAGGAGUACAUAUCUCUUCUGAAGGCGCAAGAGCCAAGUGCGCUAGAGAUAGCUGCAGAACAAAUGCGGUUAUGGCCUAGUUUACCACAAGAAAAACAAAGAGAGAUAAUACAAAGCGAAGAAUCCACGCUUUACAGUCAAGCUAUCCACUACGCAAACAGGAUGGUUUACUUACUGCUGCCGCUGGAGGGCGCUGGCAGACGCGCCGAUGUGAGAGGCGACGAUGCUGACAGAGCGAGCAAUAGUAUUACGAACAGCGUCGCAGAAUCUGACAGCGUGGAUGCAGAGUCGGGGUUUGAGGAGGCAGACCCCGGUGAGGCUGGUAACAAUGUCAUCAAAAUGGUUUCCAGAUUCGUAGAUAAAGUGUGCACAGAGGGCGGCGUGACAGCAGACCACGUCCGCUGCCUACACCAGAUGAUACCUGGCGUAGUGCACAUGCACUUAGAAACAUUGGACGCGGUCGCAAGGGAAAGUCGACGCUUGCCACCCGUUCAGAAGCCUCGCAUAGUGGCCCCAGCGCUUGUUCCCGGCGAGACAGUCUCCGUACCAGCGUUGAGGGCAUACCUAGUGAGUGACGGACGCCAUACUCCAUUACUGCCGGCAGAGGGCGCGCUAUUCCUCACCAACUAUAGGAUUAUAUUCAAGGGCACGCCAACGGACCCCUACGCGUGCGAGCAAACAGUGGUCCGCUCAUUUCCACUUUGCUCAUUGACGCGCGAGAAAGCCGUGAGGACUCACUACCUGCCGCACUUAGAACAAUCAUUGCAAGAGGGCUUGCAACUCAGAUCCGCAACGUUCCAACUUAUAAAGGUGGCAUUAGACGAGGAAGUAAGCAGUGAGGCCGUGGAGUCUUUUCGCAAACAAGUCGCCCGAUUGCGACAUCCAGAACACCCGCUUUUGCACUUUGCUCUCGCACCACGCGCCCAGCCAGCACCUAAACAUCACCAGCCUAAACACCACACCCUCAAGGGUUUUGCCAAAAAGACGCUAUUGAAGACAGCUCGCAAAGCAGGAUUAAAACCCAAACCGUCUAAACGUCAGAAGUACGUACUGCCCUCGACGGACGCGCGCUCUCUCACCUCCCCACCACUCAUGUCUUCGCUCUCUGCCGAUACACUGUCGCUGGAGGAGCUGGAGCUGAGCGGGCUGGGCGGCGAGGGCGCGGACAGCCCGGCGGCGCGCACGCUGGAGCGCGUGCGCGAGCGCGUGUACGCGCGCGACUGGGCCCGCCUCGGCCUCGCGCACUCGCCCUUCCGCCUCGCGCACGCCAACGCGCCCUACACGCUCUGCAGGAGUUACCCUGCAGUUAUCCCGGUCCCUGAGAGCUUCGGUGACGACUCGUUACGACGCAUCGCGCGUUGUUACCGGCAGGGUCGGCUACCUGUUAUUACGUGGCGACACUCAAGAACACAUGCAACACUGUCCAGAUCGGCAGCACCUCAUCAUAAAGGCGUGAUUGGCAUGUUAAAGUCAAGCCACCAAACACCUGGUACUACUCCAAGCGGUACUGAAACUACCUCCAGUUUAGAACAAGAACGAUUUCUUGCAACGUUAGUGGCGUGCACGCCCGCGUCACGAGGAGAUCUCGAAGACUCGAGUCUGAGUUUAGACUCUUUGCUUCUAUGUUGCGAGGACCAGCAGACCACACACACACCAUUGCUCACUAAGGCAGCUGGCACGCUCGGUGUGUUGGGUCGUAAUAGCGGCGGCAAGGGUGGGACGGCGCGCCACUUCGGUCGCUGGGGCUCGCUCAAGGACCGCCGCCAGCCCUCGCACCUCGACCUGUACGCGCCGCGCCAGAGGCUCUCCACCGCCGACGCUGACUCUAUGUGCGGCGAGGCGGGCUACGCGGCGAGCGGCGCGGGCAUGGGCGGGGGCGGGGGCGGGGUGCGGCGCGCGGCGCUGUACGUGGUGUGCGAGAAGGGCGCGGGUGCAGGCGGAGCGGGCGCGCUGGCGGGCUGCGAGCUGGUGCCCGUGGAGUACCCCGACGCGCGCAGCACCAAGCACGCUUUCAAGAAGCUCAUGCGCGCCGCCGUGCCCUCCGCGCCAGACGCCUCCGCGCAGGCCGACCUACCCGGCUUCCUGCGGCUGAUAGAGGAAUCAGGCUGGUUGUGGCAACUACGGCAACUGUUCCAACUGUCCGGAGCCGUGGUGGACUUGUUGGAUCUGCAGGGCUCCUCGGUGUUACUAUCCUUAGAAGACGGCUGGGAUGCCACCGCUCAGAUAUCCUCUCUUGCUCAAAUCUGCCUAGAGCCCUACUACAGAACAUUAGAAGGUUUUCGCAUCUUGGUCGAGAAAGAGUGGCUGGCCUUAGGACACAAAUUCCAGCAAAGAUCUAAUAUUGGUGCCACACCUCAACAAGGCUUCACACCAACUUUCUUGAUGUUCUUGGAUUCUGUACACCAGCUCCAGAAGCAGUUCCCCCUUGCGUUCGAGUUUAACGAGUACUACCUCCGUUUCGUGGCGUACCACACGGUGUCGUGUCGAUUCCGCACGUUCCUGCUCGACAGCGAGGCGCAACGCGCUGAGCUCGGCAUCACCGCCGCUGAUGACAAGAGAACUGAUACCAACAGAAUGGUGUACCUGUGCGAGCAGGGCGCGGAGGGCGGAGGCUCGGAGGAGGAGUGCGGCGGCGGCGCGGCGCUGGGCGGCUCGGGCCCGCGCGCGCCGCCUCUCGGACACUCGCUCUUCGACUACAUCGACAGGCACCACCAGAAGUCGCCCAUCUUCUACAACUUUCUCUACACGCCCGAUUUGGACAACCCUGUCCUGCGUCCCGUAUCAUCUGUAAGUGCACUAGAAGUAUGGCAAUAUUAUACAAGCGAAGAGUUAUCCCACGGGGCACCAUACGACCUCGAAGUAUUAGCUACUGAACCUGACAUGCUCCUAAGCUCGUCACAAAGAAGAGUUGUCGCACAAGGGUACGACAGUAUAGCUCGCAGCAUGCCAGACGCGUUUACCGGGCUGUUGGAAAGAAUACGGCAGUUGGAGUUAGAGUUGGGACAUUUGCCGCAAAAGUGGCGAGUGAGAUGGGAGCAGCUCGAACUUCCCAAUACGUUGGAACUGCAGCGCAACUCGUCGAUGUGUACGGGCGUGGUGCGGCGCGCGACGCUGGCGUGGCACAAGCGCGGCACGCUGGAGGUGCUGGUGCGCGGGCGCCUCGCCGCCGCGCCGCCGCCCCCCGCGCCCGCGCACCGCUGGGCGCCCGCCGCCGCCGCCGCGCCCGCGCGCUGCGACCACUGCCAGGACCUGCUGUGGGGGCCGCUCAAGACGGGCGUGCGCUGCGUGGACUGCGGCGCGGCGUGCCACGAGCGCUGCGCGGAGGCGUGGGCGCCGCCCUGCACCAAGUACAAGGCGCCGCCUCCGCCCGACGCCGACUCGCUGUGCCCGCCGCUCGCCGCCGGCGUAUCAACCCUCCAAUCGUCUUCUCAGCAAUACUACGAACAGUUCUCAUCGAACGUAGCCGAGAACAGAACUCACGAGGGUCACCUGUAUAAACGAGGAGCGUUACUGAAAGGCUGGAAACAGAGAUGGUUCGUAUUGGACUCAAUCAAGCAUCAACUGCGGUAUUACGAUGCAAUGGAGGACUCCCACUGCAAAGGGUUUAUUGAUUUAGCAGAAGUGAUAACGGUGACGCAGGCUGCAGCCGCGCCUGGACCUCCUAAGAAAUGUGAUGACAGAUCAUUCUUCGAUCUUCGCACAAGUCGUCGAACGUACAACUUCUGCGCUAGCGACGCCAACGCGGCGCAAGAGUGGAUCGAGAAACUACAAGCUUGUCUACAGUGA